AUGAUAUUUAAACCUCCCAAAGCCAAAAAAGAAGCAGCCCCAAAAGAAGUAAUUUCAUAUGGUCCCCCAAACAUAUCCGAAAACGAAUUAGUAUUCGGAGUAUGUCAUAUAUUAGCAACAUGGAAUGAUACAUUUAUUCACGUAACCGAUCUUUCUGGAAGAGAGACUUUAGUCCGUGUAACUGGUGGUAUGAAAGUAAAAGCUGAUAGGGAAGAAUCAUCUCCAUAUGCCGCUAUGUAAGCUGCUUUAGAUGUAGUAAAUAGAUGCAAAGAAUUAAAAAUAAACGCUCUUCAUAUUAAAUUAAGAGCCAGAGGUGGAGUAGAUACUAAACAACCAGGACCUGGAGCUUAGUCAGCCUUAAGAGCAUUAGCUCGUUUUGGUAUGAGAAUCGGAAGAAUAGAAGACGUAACACCUAUACCUACAGAUUCUACAAGAAGAGAAGGUGGUAAAAGAGGUAGAAGAUUAUGAAUAAAAAAAAAUAAAAGAAAGAAGAAGAAGAAGGAAUAUUUGUUAUUUUAUUUUUAUAUGUGUAUUUAAUUAUUAUAUGUAAUAAUAUUUAAAUAAAAU